AUGGCUUAUGAAAAAUUCGUGGUACCAAAAAAUUUUACCGUUUGCCAAUCGUUAGAGUUAUUGAACACGAUAUUAAAAAACCACAAUGAUAAUUUAAUACAGGAAGCACAAUCAUUAAAUACCUCAAAUUCUAUUCGAAAAUGGGGUAAGAUGCUAAAGAAAGUUGAAAAAUUGGAGGAUUAUUUUAAAGAAUCCAUAACAACAAUUGAGAAAAAAUUCAAAGUAGAAAAUAUAUUAAAUCUAUCUGAACAGUUCAAUGUGGAAGUCCAUGCUGCUUCACAGACUAUGCUAUUAACCGUGGACGAUAUUAGAGAGACUAAGAGAAAAACUGUAGAUAGAAUUGAGGAUGCAAGGAAUAAAAGUAAACUAGGUAUAUUUGCUCCUAACCCUACAGAAUCUAUCUUUGAUUCUGAAAAGACAAAACAUAAAAGAAGAGCCAAACAAGCAGAAGAAUUAGCUGAGAGAAUUGAUGCAGCAAAAAUUAAGGAAGAAAGACAAGAAGUCAUUGAUUACCAGCAAUAUUUAAAGGAUGAAGAAGAAAAGGAAAAACAACAAGCAAUUGAAAAAUAUAUUCAAGAUGAAGUUGAAAGGCGACUUGAUGCAGAAUUUAAUAGAAGAGUGGAAACAGAGGUCCAACUUAGAGUUGAGGUUGCAAUUCAAAGGAAAAUGGAAGAAAUAAUGGGCAUGACUCCAGAUAGACAUUACCCCUUGGACGAAAAAAAGGCCUAUGCUACCGAUUACAAAGCACCUUUUGAAACUGAGCCUAAAAGACAAAUUAGUUCUGGCUUUGGAGAUGACUAUGAAACAGAACAAGAAAUAAAUCAAAAAGUAUUAAUCGAAAGACGAAGGGAAGAAUUAAAACAGGAACAAUUGAUUAGACAAAAGCAUAUGGCAGAAGAACAAAGAACUAGAUAUACUCCAAUAACAAACAGCUUAACCAAUAAUAAUGACCUGUUAUAUCAAGUGGGCAGUUCAUCAAGCACACCACAACGUAGCGUCACUAUGGCCACAAGACCCAUUUCGUACCAACAUACCAAUAGCAGUAGUAUUACAAGUACAAGCGUUUCUACUGGACCUUAUACUCCGACUUUACCUCCUAGAUCCAACUCUAUUAGUAAAAAAAAAGGGAUCCCACCUGUCUCUCAACAGCAAGAAUUUGUUCCUCCUCCACCUUCUUACGAUACUUCUGAAUCGAUUCAUAAUGAAAAUCAAAAUUCCAGUGGUAGUCAAUUGAAUUUACAACACAGUACCCCAGGUAUUACUAGAACCCAAAGUCUUUACAGUUCUCCUUCUACAAGAAUACCAAGCCGCCCUGGUACUACCACUACUUCAACCAAUAACUACAGCACUACCACAACCACAUCCAAUGACCAUGGUAUUACUACAUCAACGACAACAACCACUAUGACACCGCCUCCAAUUUCAAAUGGUCUUCCUCCUAGAUUACCAAAAAGGACCUCUAUGUUUCAAUCGUCUGGCCCAGACUCUUCUUUCCAAAGAUCUAAUACUAUGAACUCCUCAAAUCAAGAGCAUGACUCUUAUUAUCCACCACCUACGGAAAACCGCCCCUUCAAUUACAACACUCUAUCCUCUACUCUUCCUAAGCAGUAA